AUGCUCUACCAGGGUACUAUUCUUCUUGCUCUCCCCGUUCUCCUCCAGAUCGUGCCGGGCGCAGUGGGCCGUCCCGCUCCAGCAGAGGAUGGGUCUCUUUGCCGAAAUGGGGCUUGCGGAGCCGAUGGUGCUAAACACAGAGGACAUGAUCACUGGGACAAUGGCGAGACAUGCACUCCAGAGACGGUGACCGUGACAGCGGUAUCCACCGAACACCUCGCUGGUCCAACAACCACCAUUGCCGGUCCCACAAACACAGUCACCAUCACUACUGAAGGGCCGGCCAAAACUGCAACUGUAACCGAAACACUCACGUCAACCGUAACCGACGUUAUCACCAGCAAGCAGAUAGUAAAGGAUACCGAAACUAUCACGAUUACAGUUACAUCCCCUGAGACUGCCACAGCCACUACUGCUACCGCUACCGCUACUACGACCAAGGGUGCAGGCAGCGGUGACGGUCCCGACUACGGGACAUGCUCGGAUCCCACUAUCCGGUGGGCGGAUGGACUCGAUGGACGGACGGAAUACUCGUGGUCGGCUUCGGAGUCCGUGCAAUGCUCCGCAGGCGACAGUUAA